GUCUCUCAUCUCCAUGCAUGCAACCAAAAUGUCAAGAAAUCUAGGGCUCCUCCUCCUCCUAAUAUUCUUGAUCCCAACAGCACUUGUCGUAAUCUCUUCCCUAAACAUGCUACGACCAAACGCCGCCUCUCAUUUCAUCGACGAAGCAACAAAAUGCAGCACCAAUAACCACCGAAUCCUCAAGGUGUUCAUGUACAACCUGCCCCCCGUCUUCCACUUCGGCCUAUUGGGAUGGAAAGGCAACGGCCACACCCUCUGGCCCGACCUCCGCCGCCGCCACAUACCCCAAUACCCCGGCGGCCUAAACCUGCAGCACAGCGUUGAAUACUGGCUCACUCUCGACAUCUUGAGCUCCCAAUUCUCCAAGAAUUUAAGCGGCCGCAGCGCUGUCAGAGUCGGCGAUUCGCGCCAAGCCGACGUUGUUUUCGUCCCGUUUUUCGCCUCCAUUAGCUACAACCGCUUCGGCAAGAACCAGAAGCGGAGCAAGAAGAGCGCCGACGAUAUGUUGCAGGAGAAGCUGGUGCACUUCUUGGUAGCUCAGGAGGAGUGGAAGAGGUCUGGUGGGAGAGAUCACAUCAUCGUUGCUCAUCAUCCUAAUAGUCUGCUCUAUGCAAGAAUGAAGCUCUGGCCUGCCAUUUUCAUCCUCGCAGAUCUCGGCAGAUAUCCUCCCUCCCUUGCUAAUGUUGACAAGGAUGUCAUCGCCCCUUACAACCAUCUCAUUCCGGCCGGCCACCAGGACUCCGGCUUCCACGGCCGCCCCACCUUGCUGUAUUUUCAAGGAGCUGUGUAUAGGAAAGAUGGUGGAACGAUUAGGCAAGAGCUCUUUUACAUGUUGAGAGAUGAAAAAGAUGUGCAUUUCACUUUUGGGAGCAUAAAGGGUGAUGGGAUUAACCAGGCUUCAAAAGGGAUGCACGCCUCGAAAUUCUGCCUCAACAUAGCCGGCGACACGCCCUCAUCCAACCGCCUCUUCGACGCCAUUGCUAGCCACUGUGUGCCGGUGAUCAUCAGCGACGACAUCGAGCUGCCGUUCGAAGACAUUCUCGAUUACACCGAGUUCUGCGUCUUUGUCUCCACAGCAGAUGCUUUGAGAGACAAAUUUCUCAUCAAUUUCAUUAGAGGCAUCAGUAAAGAGGAGUGGAGUAGGAUGUGGAGAGCGCUCAAACAAGUGGAGCAUUACUUCGAGUUUCAGUAUCCGUCGCAGAAGAACGAUGCCGUUCAGAUGAUAUGGCAGGCCAUCUCCAGGAAGAUUCCGGCCACCAAGAGGAAAGUUAACCGGGCGAGCCGGCUUUCUCGAAUGGCUGUUGCCGGAGAGAGGAGGGCCAUUGCGGCCCCUCUGCCGAGAAAUUUUUGGUGACAGUUUAGCAAAACAGAGUUUACUAACUAGAUGAUAGCAGAAUAUAUUACACUGUACAUAAUGUUCCAACCAUUCAUUUCUAUCUCAGUCAGAUUGAAUUGGUGGUCA